AUGUCUGCCCACUCCCACGACGAUGUGUCCCGCGUCAUGCACCGAUGUGUCAACGACGGGAUCGAUCCCAUUGCCGCGGCCAACAAGAUCAAGGGUCUAGUCGUGCGAAGUCCCUCCGCGUACGAGUUUUGCGCCUUUGACAAGAUAUGGUCCGAGGCCAUCGCCAUGGCCAAAUCCUGGGAGGUGAUGGACGAGCGCCACGGACGGCUCGCCAAUCUCUUCGCCGAGCUCAGCCGGCUUCGUGACUCUCGGUUCCAGGUCGCCGAUUUCUGGCUGCACGCGUGCGGGAAGCAGAUCUACGCCUCCGGGCAGGCAGUGCUCGAUAACGAGUCCGGGCAGGAUAUUUGUGAGGCGUUCCAGUUCCCGCAGGCGCCGACGGGAUCCACGCUGCCGAUGCCGCUGAGGUGUCAGUUUCGGCUUACGAAGGCGCAGCUGAUCCGGUCGUGGAGGGCGUGGGAGUUUUUGUUCAGGUCGUAUACGGGGCAAGCGGCGGGUGAAGAGGCAGCGGAAGAGGGGGAGAGGAGGCUGCUGGGGCUGGCGAGGGGGAUGCUGGAGUACAUGGAGAUGGUUGAGUCGGAGUAUGAGAGGGCGGUGCAUGGGGAUUUGGGGGCCAUGGAGGCGAUGAGUUCCUUUGCGGGGGUUUGA